CUCUUAGUCCCACCCUUCGGCGCAGGGCUCCGGCCGACACAGCCCUCCAGGCCGCCUACUCUCCAGCCAGCCGGCUCCACGGACCCACGGAAGGGCAACGGGGCGGCGUCGGGGCGGCGGGACAGUCGUCGGAGGGCGCCCUCCAGGCCCAAGCCGCCUUCUCCGACCCCCGCCAUGGCCCGGGGCGGCAGUCAGAGCUGGAGCUCCGGGGAAUCAGACGGGCAGCCAGAGGAGCAGACGCCCGAGAAGCCCGGAGACAAGAUGGUGAAGGAGACCCAGUACUAUGACAUCCUGGGCGUGAAGCCCAGCGCGUCCCCGGAGGAGAUCAAGAAGGCCUAUCGGAAGCUGGCGCUCAAGUACCACCCGGACAAGAACCCGGAUGAGGGCGAGAAGGGACACGGACAUCUGCAACCUGACAUCAGCUUGUACUCAUAUUCUGGGUUUUCGUUUAAACUCAUAUCCCAGGCAUAUGAAGUGCUUUCAGAUCCAAAGAAAAGGGAUAUUUAUGACCAAGGCGGAGAGCAGGCAAUUAAAGAAGGAGGCUCAGGCAGCCCCAGCUUCUCUUCACCCAUGGACAUCUUUGACAUGUUCUUUGGUGGUGGUGGACGGAUGGCUAGAGAGAGAAGAGGCAAGAAUGUUGUACACCAGUUAUCUGUAACUCUUGAAGAUUUAUAUAAUGGAGUCACGAAGAAAUUGGCCCUCCAGAAAAAUGUAAUUUGUGAGAAAUGUGAAGGUGUUGGUGGGAAGAAGGGAUCGGUGGAGAAGUGCCCGCUGUGCAAGGGGCGGGGGAUGCAGAUCCACAUCCAGCAGAUCGGGCCGGGCAUGGUACAGCAGAUCCAGACCGUGUGCAUUGAGUGCAAGGGCCAGGGUGAGCGCAUCAACCCCAAGGACCGCUGCGAGAGCUGCAGCGGUGCCAAGGUGAUCCGUGAGAAGAAGAUUAUCGAGGUACAUGUUGAAAAAGGUAUGAAAGAUGGGCAAAAGAUACUAUUUCAUGGAGAAGGAGAUCAGGAGCCUGAGCUGGAGCCUGGUGAUGUCAUAAUUGUGCUUGAUCAGAAGGAUCAUAGUGUCUUUCAGAGACGAGGCCAUGACUUGAUCAUGAAAAUGAAAAUUCAGCUUUCUGAAGCUCUUUGUGGCUUCAAGAAGACGAUAAAAACAUUGGACAAUCGAAUUCUUGUUAUUACAUCCAAAGCAGGUGAGGUGAUAAAGCACGGGGACCUGAAAUGCGUGUGCGAUGAAGGAAUGCCCAUCUACAAAGCACCCCUGGAAAAAGGGAUUCUGAUCAUACAGUUUUUAGUAAUCUUUCCUGAAAAACACUGGCUUUCUCUGGAAAAGCUUCCUCAGCUGGAAGCUUUACUCCCUCCUCGACAGAAAGUGAGGAUUACAGAUGACAUGGAUCAGGUGGAGCUGAAGGAGUUUUGUCCCAAUGAGCAGAACUGGCGUCAGCACAGGGAGGCCUAUGAGGAGGACGAAGAUGGGCCCCGGGCUGGAGUGCAGUGCCAGACGGCAUGAUGUGGUGCGGGGCAGCGUGGCCCCACCGGACUAGCACAUGAUGAAUGUAAAGUUGGCACAAUGAAAAUGGCAUCGCUUUAAUGGCCUCGUGUUUGGGAUGUCCUGUGUAUGUGUUCAGCAUUCUUAAUUGCUGAGUGUCUUUUUGGUUUUUCUUUUGGUUGUAACUUAAGUUAUAGCUUAAUUUAUAUUUAAAUGUUUUAAGUGUAAAUCACCUCUAGUCUGCAUAUGGAAUCUGUUCAUUUCUGUUUUCAGGAUAUACUUUUGAGAUGUCAGUGAUUGCACCAACACUUUGUGCUUCUAGUGGCUUUGCCAUAAUUCAGUGUCACCAAUAAAGCACAGCCCAGUUAGCAGCUUAGCCCCCUAGCAAACCCCAAGGCACAAAGUGGGCAUCCUGGCUCAUCCUAGGUCUGUGGUUUCUCCCCCCUCCCUUGGCAGAGUUAUUGAGGGCAUGAUCUCAGGGCUGCUAAGAUAACAUUUCUGAGGAUUCUGGAUGAUCCUCUUAAAGAAUAAAAGCACAUCCGUGGAUCAGACAUGGCUGCAUGUGCCUGCUUAACAGGGCCAACUUAGUUCCUACUGUUCUGUGCCCUUCAGUGGAUGGAAUGUGAGUGUCUGAUCAUCUCUCUUGGAAGUUUUCUGAAACUUCCAAGCUCUGUGGUGAGGACAAACCAGUGUUUUGAAUCAUAUGCUGAUAACUGUUUGCGUGUGACCCUCACACCUUGUUCUUCAGGGUUUUAAUGAUUUUCUGUUGACAACUUUUGCAAUGCUUUCCCACCAGAGUGCUUACUUGUAAAGAAAACUAAAUUCUGUGUCCCUGGCAGCCUCAGUGCAGCAACAGAAGCCCAGGGGGAAUGCUGCUGGUUUGGCCCAUGGCACAGCCAGCUUCUCUGACCAGUAAUCCGGGGUGACUUGAGGGUCUGCAAAGGCAUAGAACUCCGCAGUGUUUUCCACCUCAUUCUCCCAGAUUGAGCUCCCUUCCAAAGGAUCGUUCCUCUCAUUGCACAGCCAUAUUACAAAGGGCUUCCUGCUCGUGAUGUUUUGGUAAGAACUUCUCUGAGUUCCACUGUGGAUUACAGUUUAUAUGGACUACUACUGUAAAUUAUAGCUUGUUUGGAGGGAUAUUAGUCAUUAUUUUAUUCCUGACAGGUAGACUACAAUUCGAACUUAGGGUUACCUCAGUCUUUAGCCAUUACUGCUUAUUUGUUUUCCCCAAGUCACAAAAAACUUGUAAGCUGCUGGGUUAAAGCAGAGGCCACCUGUCAGAUCUUCCCUACCCUUAUUUGGUUACAUGGCACCUGAGAGUUUCACUCAGACCAGGGAUCUUCCUUAGGAGGGUCAAAGCGCAGAUCAGACCAUGCAGGUAAGGUGAACCAGCUGCAUGGACCAGAUUCCUGCAAAACAUUGCCAGCUAGUGAGGCAUAAUUUGCUCAAAGUAUAGAAACAGCCCACCUAUGCCCACUUUGACCAUUGGUCAGGAUAGAUAUAAAAUCACUUCUUCCAACGAAGCCUAUGUGAAAAUCUGUUUAUAAAUGGACCACAACUCUGGGGUGUCGUUUUUGUGCUGUGACUUCCUAAUUAUUGCUAAAGAACUACUGUUUAGUUGGUAAUGGAGUAAAAUGACGUUCAGCUCCUCCUUGUCAUGUAAGAGGAAUUUGGAGGAUGUUGCUUAAAAUUUUAUUCCACCUGUACAUUUGUCACUUUAAAAUUAAAAUUGAGCUAGUGUGAGAGACAAGUGGCUUUGCUUUUUCAUUUUUUUGAGAGCUCAAAUAAACAGUGUUAAGGUGCCUGCCAGCUUGCCUCUCAUUGGUUGAUAUAAUGGAAUGAAGUUUCCACCCUCAUGGAGCUUUAUUUUGGGGGUGGGGGUGAAUGCAAACAAAAAGUGGUAACUGCUAUGAAGAACAAGAGGAAUGAGUAGAAGGGAAUGGGAAGACGGCCUCUACCAGGAGCUGGCAUCUGGGCAGAAUCCUGGAUGCAGUUGGGCAGAUGUCCGAAGGUCUGGAGGGAAAACAUUCCAGGCAGAGGAAUGGCAAGGAUGAUGUGGUUACAGGAGGGUGAGCAAGGCAAGCAGGAGGGAGAAGUGGGGGGCUAUGAUAAAGAGCGUGAGCUUUAUUCUGAGGGCAGUGAGUGGUUUGGCGAAAAGCACAUGACCUGACGCAUAAGCAUAUGAAGUUAUGAUCAAUAAAAAGCAACACGCUUCCAAGUGUUUAGCUACUUACAUCUUUCUCAUUAACAUGAGUCUCAAGGGGGCUGAUGAAGAGGAAACUCUUGAGGUACAGAUAGUCUGAAAUAACUAAGGCAGGGCUACAGUUCUACAGCAUGAGGCACGAGCUUGAGCCUAGGCAUUGUUAAGGCAGCAAGAAUAGCAGCCUGCCUUCCAAUACCCACCUAGCGAGUUAGAGACCUCUCUGAAAUUAAUAAGGGGAAGGAGGGCUUGGCAGGGGACAUCUUUAAUACAUCAAGUAGAAGGAUGCCCAGAUAGACAGGAGUACAUAAUGUUCCUAGGCAGUCAAAUAUACUCUUUCCUUCAGGACUCCAUUCUAAAAUAGAUUAGCUGCUUUAUCACAGCUCCAGGGAGCUCGCUGCUGUAUCUCACUGCAUGAGUCAACUCCCUGGAAGAGUCAGCCUGUAUUUCUAAGCUGGAAAGUUAAAGAAGUACCUGGAUCUCUUGAUGGCUAAGGCAGAGAUUUGCUCUUAAUGCCAAUCCCUCUCACUGUUUCACUGGUAAUAGGGUAACUGAAAAAAGAAGCAUGUUCAAGGACACUAGUGUUUGCAUUAAGAAAGCUUUAUGUUAAAGUAUGAACAGCAUUUCCAGUAAAACAUGAAAAGAUUCAUAUUGUAUCUACAAAAUUUAAGUCUUUGCUACAAUAAAUGCUAUAUUUAUUUUAAACAAGCCUAAAAAGGUAAGGAAUGUCAUGAUCAGUCCGUACAUUUUCUUUGCAGCAUAAGCCUGGAGACUUUGAUGUUUAAAUUGGACAAUCAUAGAUGUGAAUUUCCUGGUCAUCUCCAACAGACACAAUUUUUGAACCAUU